CUGCCGGUGACGUCAUUGUCUGCUCCGGUGCUUCUUCCUCCCAUCACACUCAAAUGCAGCUGCGCCAUCUCUCCUUUGUCCAUUGAAGAGAGCGAAAAACGGGAAGGAACCGGGAGGCCGCGUGGCGCGACCGUUUACCGUGGAGCAAUCGGGAACUGCUGUUAUCUACUAGGCUGCAGUUUCGUUUUAGGCGAAGCUAACGAACCUAGCAGGGCUUCGUUCGUUAAUUUGGCCGUGCCAGUGCAUUAUGAGCCAAGCGAAUGCUAAUAAGAUCAAAUCUGAGUCCGCCAUAGAGUCAAGCCCAGCACAGAAGAAAAUCAAAAUGGAAGACACUAAGUACCUCCCGGAGCUCCUGGCUGAAAAAGACAGCUUGGAUUCAUCGUUCACGCACGCCAUGAAACUCAUUUCUGCAGAGAUUGAGAGGAUCCAGAAAGGUGAAACCAAGAAAGAGCCAGAGAAGGAAACAUAUCUGGACCUGUUUGCUACUAAGAACCUCAAACUCAAAGAGCGAGUACUCAUUCCAACCAAGCAGUACCCUCGGGUCAACUUUGUAGGUAAGCUUUUGGGACCUCAGGGUAGCACAAUCAAGAGACUCCAGGAGGACACCGGUGCGAAGAUUUCUGUUCUUGGUAAAGGUUCCAUGAGGGACAAGAAUAAGGAGGAAGAGCUGAGGAAGGGCGGCGAAGCUAAAUAUGCACACUUGGCCAUGGAGCUGCAUGUGUUCAUUGAGGUGACGGCACCCAUCCCGGAAGCCUAUCUGCGCAUGGCUCAUGCCAUGGAGGAGGUCAAGAAGUUCCUUAUCCCAGAACCUGGCGAGCAUGACCCGUACAUGGAUCCUCACUUCCUGAAUGGAUCUCAGGAUGGCUCAGGCAGGGGGCGAGGUGGUCACCUAGGAAGGGGCAGAGGUGGACCACCGGGUGCUGGAGGACCAAGGGGGCGAGGCAUGCCACGUGGGGGCCCUCGAGGUGCAAUGCGUGGUGGAGCCCCACGGGGAGGACUAGGACGGGGUAGCGCUCCUAGAGGUGCACCAUCUGGUAGGGGUGGUCCACCUUCUGCUCCUUCUAGAGGAGGCUCGGCUCCCCGCUCUAGACCCCCUGCAGCUGGGGCACCAAGAAUGCUCCCCUCCGCAGCCCUGUCCCACCAGCAACACCAGGUUCCUCCCUCAGCAUCACAGCCCAAAGCUGAUGCCUAUGAAGACUAUCCUCCAUAUGAAGAAUCCUAUGCAGAGCCUGCCUAUGAAGGUUAUGAUAGUUAUUAUAGUCAGCAGUCUGCACCUGCGGAUACUGAAUAUUAUGACUAUGGACAUGGGGAGGCCCAGGAUUCACAAUAUGAGCCUUAUGCUCAAGAUGACUGGGACAACUCUUGGUCCGGCUCCGGGGCUGGAGGCAAAGCCCCCCCGUCCAGGCAGUCGAAGGGAUCGUAUAGAGAGCAUCCAUAUGGAAGAUACUGAACGGCUACUGGUAGAGAGUUGCUUUGGCAACUGUCUCCGAUUGUAACUCACUUAUCUUUUCAAAAGUAAUUUCCCUCUCGUUUGUUCCCUUUUUUUAUGCUUUAUUUUAUUUUUUGUUUUUUAAACUCAGUGGAGCUGUUUUGGUGGAUGUAUCAUAGAGUGCCAGGGGAGAAACAUGAACAUAAGGUUUUUUCAUUGUUUAUCUGUUUCCAUUUAAUGUUUUUCAGUUGCGUAGUUGGCAGUUAAGGUCCUAGUGACAUAAACCUUAACAAAGGAACAGGAGUGACAUUUUAGUGAUAUUUGAUGGUUAUCGUUUCAGUUUCAGUGAUUGUGGCGAUAAACUCUUUUCACAUAGGCUGCAUUUUAAAAGUCCUUCACGACUGGACAAAAAUGAUUCAUAAUGCCUCAAUAUAACUUCACUUUAACUAGAAUAGAUUUAGUUGCAAACUCAAAUACAACCCUGAGCCGUUUUGAUUUAAAAACAAAAGUCUUAUCAUAUAUUUGUUUAUACUACAAUACAAAUCUCGUAUUGUGUGAAGUUAUAAACUAUUACACUAUUGAAAUCCAUUUGACAAAGAAAAAUGCCUCUAUUUUUGCCACUCUACAAUUGGUAUACUAUGAUCUGUCGUGCUAUUACUUGCAAAAUCAUCGCUGAUGUUAGACUAAUUCUUGUAAAGCUUGAAGGAUUAACAAUCCUUACUGUGUGUAAGGAAGGCUGCAGCCAACUUAAUAUUUUGUACAUAACCUUAGGACAACUGUGUAUGCUUUAAGCCGUGCCGUCUCUAAAAUGCAUAAUGCUUGUGUACCUUUGGCUAAAUAGGAUCCUAAAUAUAUCCCAAAAUGUUUUUCUGCAGUGCGUGUUUCAAUAAAGUUUCUAGUUUCUUUUUAAUCGAUCUAAACAUGGUAUUUUGCCUUUGUUGUACCAAAGGAAUGCCUUCAGUUUGUGAAAGUGGUCCUCAGUGGUUUUCAACAACGCUGAAAAAUCUGUAUGUAUACACGUCAGCCUGAUUUUAGGGAGGAAAAAAAAACAACAAAAAAAAGCAGUGUUUUGCCAAUGAGCUUAUCCUCUUCGUCUGUUUUUCAAAACUUAUCUAAAUGACACUUGUAAUGUCAAAAAAAAAAAAAUAAAUAAAGCUCAUCAUUCCUUGAGGUAAUGUGCUGCCAAAUACAUGUUUGACUUGAGAAUGAUAUAGUGCUUGAACAUGUAUUGUCAUUAACCUUUAGUUAGUGUAUCUCUUCAAGCUCUCAAGAGAGCAGUGUAUCUUCAGCCACUUGAAAUAACUGAAUUUCAACAGUAUUUCAAAUCAAGCUUGCAGGGAUCUUACUUGACUUUGAUGCAAAGUCAUGCUGGCUGGUUUUUAUAAAAGAAAAAAAUCGCAGUGGAGAGGAUUCUAAAAGCCUAAAGAUCGCCACAAGAAGGUAAAACUAACCCCAACACUCAUUUGUUAGAUUUUUGUUUUGUUUUCUGUGCAAAACAUCAAGUAAUGCAAGUCAUCCAAAACACAUCAAAAACAUUGGAGUACAAAAUUAUGCUAUCAGUAGUUAUUCCGAGCAAAAUAAGCCGUACAAAACAAUCAGAAAUGGUUGUGAUGCAACUCUUGCUCAAAUAAAACCAAUAAUGGUCCAUUCAUUUCACUAAAUACUUACCAAUUUCCAUCUUGAUUAUUUCUGUAGAAUGUAGAUUAAUGAAAAUUAGUAGUUGCACUCAAAGCGUUAAAACAUCCCAUUGGUGGACAAAAACCCUUCAGCUUGAGUUGCAUGAUACUUUUGUAGUAUAAAAUUAGUCUUGCAUGUGCGUUGUCCAUUGUUUGCAUGCAGGCACUUGUGUGUCCAAGAUCUCAUUUCUGUUUCUCCUCUUAGGUUGUCAGAACUGUGUGUGUGAGAACUGUGAGUGACACAUUAAACUCCGGCUUACCGGGCCUUUAAGGUCAGUUGAAAGGAAAUUGCACAUAAGCAUUAACCUUGAAUUUUGCUUCUGGUCUGACUCAGUUCUUCUGUCUUCAACAGGCUCACUGAAAUUCCCUGGAAAGAGCAGAGGCCUUGCAGUGUCUCUGAGACUGAUCACCUCUUAAACAGUACUGAUCCCUCGGGGGAUUCGUCUGGUUUAAAAAAAAAAAA